AUUUCAAUGUCGAUUGUUAGAAUAAACUGGAUUUGACCUCAGGUUACCAGAAAAUAACAACAAAUACAGGUGCUGCUGUGUCUUAGUGGGCCGUGCAAGGAGAUGGGGAAUUAUGAACCGACAACGUUUGGUGUCAUAUAACUAUCGGGGUUUAAACUGAUGCUAUGUAAAAAGAGACUAAUGAUCUGAUUUCAGAUAUGUCAGACUUUUACUGAUAGACUUACAUCCCAUGUUUACAUUACACCACCAAUCCUCUCAUGUAAAUCUUGGAUAACAUAUUAACAUUAUGAGGUUUAUUUUAGUGUGUCAGACACUCUAACUUAGAGAGAAGGUCUCAACAACAAUAAUAAAGGGAUUAUCAAAGACUUCUUAGAGAGUUAGAAGGAGAACUAUCUGAAAGCUCACAGGAACUAUGUCACGGUUUAGAUCAUUGUGGCAAGCUUCGGUGAAUGCAACAAAGAAGGCUUUAACGUGGGAACUCGAAGAAUGGGUACCUCCUGUAGAGAAGUGUAUAUUCAAGUUCAGUUCAAAAGAAGACCUUAAGACAUGGCACUUGUAUUCUGAUUCUGAAUAUGGAGGAUUAUCUUCGGCUUCGUUGGAAAUUAAAGAUGGAGGAAAUGGAUCAGAUUGCACUGGUGUUUUCUCUGGGAAUCUCUCUACGGAAAUGAGCGAAGGAUCAAAAUGGAAAAUCAAUCGAAGUGGUUUCUGUGGAAUGCGGUCAAAGAAGUUUGAUGGCUUUAUUGAUCUCGACGGGUAUGAUUCCAUAGCCCUCAGGCUCAAAGGAGAUGGAAGGUGCUAUAUCUCUACUAUAUAUACCGAGAACUGGGUGAACUCGCCAGGACAAGCAGAAGAUAACUCAUGGCAGGCUUUUGUGUUUGCUCCAAAGGGAAACUGGUAUACAGCUAAGGUUCCUCUUACUCGCUACUUACCAACAUGGAAAGGAAAUGUGAUAGAUGCAGAAAUGGAGAUGAAUCCAGGUCGUGUUGUAGGUAUGUCUCUAUCGGUUAACGCACAAGGAGGUGGUUUCAUUGGAGCUAAAUCUGGCGCAGGCGAUUUCCGAGUAGAAAUUGACUGGAUCAACGCAGUGAGAAUGCCAUGAACAUGAAUGAUGAAGAAAAAGCUUUCUGAUGAACAAUUUGAAUAACCAUAAAAAAAUAAAGGUUGCUGUUCUCUGGUUUACUUGUAAAACCGGGAUUUGGGUUAAGCCGGAUCCAAGUCAAGUUGAUGAACAAUAACGCUUAUAAAUUGACUUUACAGCAAGUUGAUGGACAAAGAAUACUGCUUAUGAAAUUGACUGACAGCAGCAAUUUGAUU